AUGGUUGUAAAUGAAAAAUCAGUGUCGGAUGAUAUAUCAGAUGGUGAAGAAUCAUCGUUUAUGCAAAAAAUAUUUGCAUUGCCAGUGGACUCCAAAAUCCAAGAGGCAAUUCCAGAUGAGAAACCAGAAGAGGGCGAAAAUGAAGAAGUAAAUGAAAAUGACUCGUCCACCGAAUUAUCUGAUAGCGCAUUGGAUGAAGUAGAAGGCAAUGAAUGGGCCGAUGUUAGCAGAGGCCGUUAUUUUGGAGAAGACCCCUCAGAAACCAUUCUUUGUCACAAUUGUAAAGGUUUUGGACAUAUUGCAAAAGAAUGUCCUCACACAUUGUGUACUACUUGCGGUGCAAUUGAUGAUCAUAUAUCUCCACGCUGCCCGAGAACAAAACGAUGCAUAAAUUGCGGUUUAUUAGGUCAUAUUGCUGUGCGUUGUCCUGAAUCACGUAGAAAAGGACCAAAAAGAUGCCUAACGUGCCAUACUGAGUCUCAUACGAGCGGGACGUGUCCCUUGAUUUGGAGAUACUAUGUUGAAUCAGAAAACGGUGUUCGGGUAGAUCCCAAUGAAGUGAAAAAGUUUUGCUACAACUGUGCGUCCGGUGAACAUUUUGGUGAUGAUUGCCCUCUUCCUUCUCGUUCUAGCUAUCCCGAAAGCACCGCUUUCUGUGAAGCGAAUUGUCCUACAGGGAAUGAUGUUUCAAACUCUGUGUUCAACGAAAACCGGAAAAUAGAGAGUGGGUCUAAGAAUCGAGAUUUUGGUAAAUCCAGAAAGAACCCAAAAAAUACAAAACAACGUUCUCCAAGUGAUCUGGGCUCGAGAAUUGACCUAAGUGAGAGACCAAAAAGGAAGCGUUAUCCUGCUAACGACAAAAAUGAAUUUUCAUUUCGCAAUCAUAAUGGAAAUGCUUCGCAAAAGAAACAAAAAAAAAUGAAGAAAAAUAGAUGGUAA